UUUACCCAGUGCUGUGAUUGUGAUUUUUUCCUCAAUCUCGCGUUUCCUUCUCACCAGUCUAUAAUCCUCUUUAAUUUUGUUUUCUAGGUUAUUUGAUUGCAUUUCUCAGUGCGUUUGAGAAAUAAAAUUGAAAAUAAAAAAAUCGAUAGUGAAUUUUUUCUGUGUGCCAUCAUCAUCAUCAACACCGCGUACUUGGAUUACGUGAAACCCUAAAAACAACAACAACAAUUAAUUAAAUCACAACUAAAUCGAAAACAAAAAAAAAAACACACCAACCUUCACUUUAUUAUUAAGCGUUGGUUUAGUCAAGCAAAAGCGAAUAUCUUAAAUUUGAAUUUGAUCUCACCCGAAACCAAAGAACAGCGCAUGAUACAGCGUUCCGCAAUGGGGCUAUUAAUCAAUAUUAUAAAAUGGCUAAUGCUAUUUGCUGUGGUCACAGCUUACUCAUCCUCUACAGCCUUGGCUGUUAACCCACCCGAUGCCGACCAAAAAGGACCCGUCUUCUUAAAGGAACCCACCAAUCGCAUUGACUUCUCCAACUCAACUGGCGCCGAAAUCGAAUGCAAAGCUAGCGGAAACCCAAUGCCUGAAAUUAUCUGGAUUCGUAGCGAUGGUACUGCCGUGGGUGAUGUUCCCGGUUUGCGUCAAAUCUCCUCCGACGGCAAAUUGGUAUUCCCUCCAUUCCGUGCCGAAGAUUACCGUCAAGAAGUCCAUGCUCAAGUCUAUGCCUGUUUAGCCCGCAAUCAAUUUGGUUCGAUCAUAUCACGUGAUGUCCAUGUCAGAGCCGUUGUACCCCAAUCCUAUACGGUUAAUGUCAUGGACGAAGCUGUGCUUCGUGGCAAUAGUGCCAUUUUGAAAUGUCACAUACCCAGCUUUGUGGCUGAUUUUAUACAAGUUGCCUCGUGGCUAGAAGACGAGGAAAGGGAAAUAUUACCCACCUCCAAGCAGGACAUACAGAGUGAUGGCAAAUAUUUGGUCUUGCCCUCUGGAGAAUUGCACAUUCGCGAAGUUGGUCCCGAAGAUGGUUACAAGAGUUAUCAAUGCCGCACCAAACACAGAUUAACCGGCGAAACCAGAUUGAGUGCCACCAAGGGACGUUUGGUGAUUACAGAACCCAUUGGCAGUGUUGCGCCACGUGUCAAUCGUAAGGAUGAAUUUAAUCAUGACAAAAUCCCCCUGCAAGGCACCAUUGCCAUACAAUGUCCAGCUCAAGCAUAUCCUGUGCCAGCUUAUAGAUGGUAUAAAUUCAUUGAAGGCACCACCCGCAAACAGGCUGUUGUAUUGAAUGAUCGCGUCAAACAGGUUUCGGGUACUUUGAUCAUUAAGGAUGCUGUUGUCGAUGAUUCGGGCAAAUAUUUGUGUGUUGUCAACAACUCUGUGGGUGGCGAAUCUGUGGAAACUGUUCUCACCGUUACCGCUCCAUUGUCGGCGAAAAUUGAUCCACCCACCCAAACUGUUGAUUUUGGACGCCCAGCCGUUUUCACCUGUCAAUACAGCGGCAAUCCCAUCAAAACCAUUAGCUGGUUGAAGGACGGCAAAGCUAUUGGCCAUUCAGAUCCCGUUUUACGCAUUGAAUCUGUAAAGAAGGAAGACAAGGGCAUGUAUCAGUGUUUUGUACGCAAUGACCAGGAAUCUGCCGAGGCUAGUGCUGAAUUAAAAUUGGGUGGCCGUUUCGAUCCCCCUGUUAUACGUCAAGCUUUCCAAGAAGAAACCAUGGAACCCGGACCAAGUGUAUUCCUAAAGUGUGUUGCCGGCGGUAAUCCAACCCCUGAAAUCUCCUGGGAAUUAGAUGGCAAAAAGAUUGCAAACAACGAUCGUUACCAAGUUGGGCAGUAUGUGACCGUGAACGGAGAUGUUGUGUCGUAUUUGAACAUUACCUCGGUGCAAUCGAACGAUGGUGGUUUGUACAAGUGCAUGGCCAAGAGCAAAGUUGGUAUUGCUGAACAUUCUGCGAAAUUGAAUGUCUAUGGUUUGCCCUAUAUUCGUCAAAUGGAAAAGAAGGCCAUCGUUGCUGGUGAUACUUUGGUUGUGACAUGUCCCGUUGCUGGUUAUCCAAUUGAUUCGAUUGUAUGGGAGAGAGACAACCGUGCCCUGCCAAUUAACCGCAAACAAAAGGUAUUCCCCAAUGGCACACUCAUCAUUGAAAAUGUUGAACGCAACUCGGAUCAGGCCACCUACACAUGUGUUGCCAAGAAUGCUGAAGGCUAUUCCGCUCGUGGUUCCCUCGAAGUUCAAGUUAUGGUCCCACCCCAAGUCCUGGCCUUUAAUUUCGGCGAGGAGGUCUAUAACAUGGGUGAUGUGUUCAGCACCACCUGUGUAGUGUUGAAGGGUGAUUUACCUUUAACCAUCCACUGGACAUUGAAUUCCGAACCCAUAACAUCGGGCCAGGAUGGUUUUACGGUCAUUAAAAUGAAUGCCCGUACAAGUUAUUUGAGUAUUGAAUCGUUGGAGGCCAAACAUCGUGGCAUCUAUCGUUGUAUAGCCGUUAAUGUGGCUGGUUUGGCUGAACAUGCAGCUGAGCUGCAAGUACAUGUACCACCAAGAUGGAUUUUGGAACCCACCGACAAAGCUUUUGCCCAAGGCUCAGAUGCUAAAGUUGAAUGCAAGGCUGAUGGCUUCCCCAAACCACAAUUGACCUGGAAGAAAGCUGUGGGCAACAGUCCCGGUGAAUACAAGGAUUUGAAGAAGAACGACAACAUUCGCGUUGAAGAAGGCACCCUCCACAUUGACAACAUCCAAAAGACCAACGAAGGUUAUUAUUUGUGUGAGGCCAUUAAUGGCAUCGGUUCAGGUUUGUCAGCCGUCAUUAUGAUCAGUGUCCAGGCUCCACCAGAAUUCACCGAAAAAUUGCGUAACCAAACCGCCCGCCGUGGAGAACCUGCCGUCCUGCAAUGUGAAGCUAAGGGUGAGAAACCCAUUGGCAUUUUAUGGAACAUGAACAACAUGCGUUUGGACCCCAAGAACGAUAACCGUUAUACCAUUCGUGAAGAGAUUUUGUCCACCGGUGUUAUGUCUUCGCUCUCCAUCAAACGUACUGAACGCUCCGACUCGGCCUUGUUUACCUGUGUUGCCACCAAUGCCUUCGGCUCAGAUGAUGCUAGCAUUAACAUGAUUAUUCAAGAGGUUCCCGAAAUGCCAUAUGCCCUCAAGGUUUUGGACAAAUCUGGACGUUCGGUACAAUUGAGCUGGGCCCAACCCUACGAUGGCAAUUCCCCCAUCACCCGUUACAUCAUUGAAUUCAAACGCUCUCGUGCCUCUUGGGAUGAAAUUGAUCGCGUUAUGGUGCCCGGAGAUACCACUGAAGCCCAGGUGCAAAAAUUGAACCCAGCCACAACCUACAACAUUCGUAUUGUUGCCGAAAAUGCCAUUGGAACCUCGCAGACAUCCGAAGCUGUUACCAUUAUCACCGCCGAAGAAGCUCCCUCUGGAAAACCACAAAACAUCAAAGUCGAACCUGUCAACCAGACCACAUUGCGUGUCACCUGGAAACCACCCACCCGCUCGGAAUGGAAUGGCGAAAUUUUGGGCUACUAUGUCGGAUACAAGCUCUCCAACACCAACUCCUCGUAUGUCUUUGAAACUGUGAACUUUUUGACUGAAGAAGGCAAGGAACAUAACUUGGAACUGAAUAAUUUGCGUGUCUACACCCAAUACUCGGUGGUCAUACAGGCCUUCAAUAAGAUUGGUGCCGGUCCAUUGAGCGAUGAAGAGAAACAAUUCACUGCCGAAGGUACCCCCAGCCAGCCACCAAGUGAUACAUCCUGCACCACCUUGACUUCGCAGACAAUUCGUGUUAGCUGGGUCAGUCCCCCACUGGAAUCGGCCAAUGGUGUGAUCAAGACUUACAAGGUUGUCUAUGCUCCCAGUGAAGAGUGGUAUGAUGAAACCAAACGCCAUUACAAGAAGACUGCCUCCUCGGACACCGUUUUACAUGGCCUGAAGAAAUACACCAACUACACCAUGCAAGUUUUGGCCACCACUGCCGGAGGUGAUGGUGUUCGCAGCGCUCCAAUUCACUGCCAAACCGAACCUGAUGUUCCUGAAGCCCCCACCGAUGUCAAGGCCCUGGUCAUGGGUCAAGCUGCCAUUUUGGUCUCAUGGCGCCCACCAGCACAACCCAACGGCAUUAUCCAACAAUACACCGUCUACACCAAAGUUGAAGGAGCCGAAGGUGAACCCAAGAGCCAAAAGAUUCCCCACUACCAAAUGAGCUACGAAGCCACUGAAUUGGAAAAGAACAGCCCCUACGAAUUCUGGGUCACUGCCAGCACCAACAUUGGCGAAGGUCAACCCUCAAAGAGCAUAGUUGCCAUGCCCAGCGAUCAAGUUCCUGCCAAGAUUGCCUCAUUCGAUGAUACUUUCACUGCCACCUUUAAGGAAGACGCCAAAAUGCCUUGCUUGGCCGUGGGAUCACCUCAACCUGAUAUUACCUGGAAGAUUAAGGGUGUUGAAUUCACCGGCAAUGAUCGUAUGCGUGUCCUGCCCGAUGGAUCUCUACUGAUUAAAUCUGUCAAUCGUCAAGAUGCUGGUGACUAUACCUGCCAUGCUGAGAACUCCAUUGCCAAGGAUUCGAUUACCCAUAAAUUGAUUGUUUUGGCCCCACCCAUGUCGCCUCAAGUAACGCUGUCUGCCACCACCACUGAUUCGUUGACUGUUAAGGUUAAGCCCCAUGAAGGUGAUACUGCUCCUCUGCAUGGUUACACUUUGCACUACAAGCCAGAAUUCGGAGAAUGGGAAACCGCUGAAGUUGCCGUUGAUGCCCAGAAAUUCACAAUUGACAAUUUGCUGUGUGGUUCACGUUAUCAGGUUUAUGCUACAGGAUUCAAUAACAUUGGCGCCGGCGAAGCUUCUGACAUCUUGAACACCCGCACCAAGGGCUACAAACCCAAGUUGCCAGAGAAAUCCCGUUUCAUUGAAGUCUCCUCGAACUCGGUCUCAUUGCACUUCAAGGCCUGGAAGGAUGGCGGUUGCCCCAUGUCUCACUUUGUGGUGGAAAACAAGAAACGCGACCAAAUCGAAUGGAAUCAAAUUUCGAAUAAUGUUAAGCCCGACAAUAACUACGUUGUUUUGGAUUUGGAACCUGCCACCUGGUAUAACUUACGUAUCACUGCCCACAACUCUGCCGGCUUCACUGUGGCUGAAUAUGAUUUUGCAACAUUGACCGUAACUGGAGGAACCGUUGCCCCUCUCGACGAUGGCCGAGGUUCUGGCAAUUUACACACCCGCAUACGUCUGCCCGCCUGGAUGCCCGAAUGGUUGGAUCUAAACUUUAUGGUACCCCUGAUUGCCACCGUUAUUGUUGUAUUUGUGGGCAUAUUGGUUGUAUGUGUUGCCCUGUCACGCCGGCGUUCGGAUGAUUUACGUGGAGGACAAAAGGAUGUCUAUUAUGAUGUAGUUUAUAAUCAGACAAUGGGACCUGGCGCCACCCUGGACAAGAGACGACCCGAUUUGCGUGAUGAACUCGGCUAUAUUGCACCACCCAACCGCAAGCUGCCACCCGUACCCGGCUCCAACUACAACACCUGCGAUCGGAUCAAGCGAGCACGUGGUGGUAUGCGUUCAAAUCACUCAACUUGGGAUCCCAGACGACCCAAUUUAUACGAAGAAUUGAAACCACCACCAGUACCCGCCCAUGGCAAUCAUUACGGUCAUGUCCACAAUAUCAAUGAAUGUACCUAUAAGCAUCCAGGCAUGGAAGAUGAGAUCUGCCCCUAUGCCACUUUCCAUCUGUUGGGCUUCCGCGAAGAAAUGGAUCCUACCAAGGCAAUGAACUUCCAGACCUUCCCCCAUCAAAAUGGUCAUGCUCCACCCGGUCAUGCUGGUACCAUGGGACCACCUGGACAUCCUGGACACAUGCACUCACGCUCCGGUUCUCAGUCGAUGCCACGUGCCAAUCGUUAUGCCCGCAAGAAUAGUCAAGGUGGCCAAUCGUCGAUUUACACACCCGCUCCUGAAUAUGAUGAUCCCGCCAACUGUGCUGAAGAAGAUCAAUAUCGCCGCUACACCCGUGUCAACUCCCAAGGUGGCAGCUUGUACUCUGGCCCCGGACCCGAAUAUGAUGACCCAGCCAACUGUGCUCCCGAAGAAGAUCAAUACGGCUCUCAAUAUGGCGGUCCAUAUGGUACACCUUACGAUCAUUAUGGCUCACGUGGUUCCAUGGGAAGACGUAGUGUUGGUUCCGCCCGCAAUCCCGGUGGCAACAGCUCUCCCGAACCCCCACCACCACCACCACGCAAUCAUGACAUGAGCAACUCAUCCUUCAACGACUCCAAGGAAAGCAAUGAAAUAUCUGAAGCCGAAUGUGAUCGUGACCAUGGACCACGUGGCAAUUAUGGCGCUGUUAAAAGGUCUCCCAUCCACAAGGAUCAACGUACCACCGAAGAAAUGCGUAAAUUAAUUGAAAGAAACGAAGCCGGCCCAAAACAACUCCAACAACAAAGUGGCGCAGGAUUCACAGCCUACGAUACUAUGGCAGUGUAAUUUGUAAAUUAGCAAGGAAGGCUAAGUAUGCAAACCGCAAAUAAAACAAAACACACACCUCAUAAUCAUGAAAAUGGAUUGAAUGAAAGAGUUCAGCAUUGAAAUAAAAGGAUAAAAACACAUACACACAAAUAAAUAUUUCAAAAUAUCAUCACUCAUGGCUAGAAUUGCCAAUACGAACAUAAAACACGCAAACAAAUUGACUAAAAAAAACCAAAAUUUGAGUGAUUUAUACGAAAAACAAAACAUAACUAUAUAAAAAUUAAGGAAACCAAAAAACAACAACACACUCAUACAUACACACAUUAACGAUUUUCUUUCUUGGAAUGAAAUGAGAUUUUGAAGAGGGGGUGAAAAAGUUAAAGGUUGUCUCAAGAAUAUUUCAACACUUGUUCUUUUGUAAUCGAACCUUUAAGACUUUUUCCCCUUCUUGGAAAAAAUUGUGCGAAAGUUUAACAGACACAGACACACAGAGAUACAUAGACACAAAAACCAAAAUAACGAAAAAAUCAUAUAUAAAAUGAAAGAAGAAGAAAAAACUUUGCAUUUUUUAAAAACUACAUAUAUAUAAAAAGCAACAUACAUAAUAUAUACAUAUAACUUAUAUUUAAAAAAAACAACAAAGAGAAAAUUAAAACCAAUCUUUUUUAAUGUAUAAGUGUAUUUUGAUGGAAAAGAAAGAUAUAAUUAAUAUUGAAAAAAAAAAACAAUUACAAACAAACAAAAAGAAAACGAUAAAGUCAUUGUAAGAAUGAAGUGAGAAAAAAUAAUACAAAAAAUAGAAAAAAAAAUAAAACAAGAAUUCAUCCAAAUAUUAAGAAAAAAAUCAGGAACAUAUGGAACACCACAGCAAUACAGACUCAUAUGAAAUAACAACAACAGCAAAAAAAAACAUAUUUUAUUAUAACAAUAUAAAAAAUACAUUGAAAUCAAUAAAAUAAGGUUCAAGAUUGGAGAGGAGAAAAAAUUUGUGAGGAGAUCGGAUUUUUUCGAAAAAAAAAUAUAUUUUUAAAUAUACAUAUUUUUUUCAAUUUCUAUAUAAAAUUAUUAAAAAUGUAACGUGUUUUUUCAAAUCUUUACUGUUUAAAAAUCUCGUUUUGAAACAUUUUGGAUUUUUCCAAUGUGGUUUAAAGUACGUUUACAUACAAGUUAGCACAGAUAAUUUAUCAAUCACAAUAGCAUUGAGUAUGGAAACAUACGUUAAAUUUAUUGUGAUUGGCAAAUUAUCAGGGUUAUCCCGGUGUAAAAAUCUGAGGUAAACACAUUGUUAUUUAGCUAGAAAUAUUUUAAUUUCUUUGUCCAUACAAGUAAUUUGUUUGCACUCUCAAAUUGGUGGAGAAUACACCAGUGCAUACUCAGCAGGGUUGCCAGAUCAAUUUCUAUUAUAACAAAAAAUUUUUGGGCAUUUGUCCAAGAAAAAUGAUAUUUUAAAUUCCCAUUUUUUAAAUAUUGAAUUACUCAAAUUAGAAUAGAGAGUACAACAGUGCAUACCCAGCAGAGUUGCCAGAUCAAAUUCUAUUUUCUCAAAUAUUCCCGGGCAUUGGUACUAGAAAAAAUAUUUUUUCUUAAACUCAUGUUUUAAAUAUUAAGUUUAACAAAAUAGGGGAUACUACAAAAAGCAUACUCAGCAGAUUUGCCAGAUCAAUUUCUAUUAUCUCAAAUAUUCCAUCUAUUGGAAGAUUUUUUUAAAUUCCAAUUAAAUAUUUUAUGCACAUUUGGGCUAGUGAGGAAAGAGGCCGUGAUGAAAAAUAAAAAUUUUUGGCGUUGCCAUACUUACUUCAACUAGCUCAAUUUUUUUUUUUUUUUUUUUUUUUUUUUUUUGAAGAGCUCCGAGUGCUUCUUCAAGUUCCAAGUUUUGUCUUGAAUAUAUAAUAUGAACGAUAGUCUGUCAUUUUUAAGAAGGAUGAAAUAGAUCAAAGCUUAAAUCGUGACUUCGGCGUGAAAACACAACUCUGUUGCCAUGUUUGUCUGAAGGAAGCGAGAAAAUACAACGCUAUUGCCAGCCACAAGUGGCAAAAGGGCUGUAUUUUCACGCCGAAGUCACGAUUUAAUUAUCAUUUUUAAAUGAUAAUAUUAUUAAAAAAUUGGAAUAGCGUUGUAUUUUCUUUCCGAAGACAUGAUUUAAGCUUUGAUCUGGUUUAGUCUUUAGGGCUAGAACAGACCGUGAUGAAAAAUAAAAAAUUAUGGUGUUACCAUAUUUACUUCAUCUAGCUAAAAAUAAAUAUUUUUUCCGGAAAAAAUGUUAAGGUUCUUCAAAUUCCAAGUUCUUUUCUUGGUUUUUCUAUAUCAACUAAAGUCUGUCAUUCCUUGCAAUACUCUCUGAGAUAUGAAAUUUCAACAAUUUCAGGUGUUGCCAUAUUAUCGCAAAUAGGCCAAAUAUAAUUUUUAAUUUAAUGCUACUACUUAAAGUUUCAGGUGAGAGAGUGCGUUUUAAAAAAUCAGAACUAGAAAUGUUGCCAUAUCAACUAAAUUUGGCCAAAAUUAUCUGGGGGAAAAAUAUCUUCUUACUACAUUUUAUACAAAGAGAUUCCAACUGCUAAAGAACCUUUAUAUACAAUAAAUUUGACUGUAGAGAACAUGCAUUAAAUUUAUUGUAAUUGGUCAAUUAUCAGAUUAAAAUCGGGUAGUGACUUUGUAUGUAAAUGUACUUUAGCAGUUGGAAUCUCUUUAUAAAAUUUGAAAUGUAACAUGAAGAUAUUUUCCCCUAGAAAAUGUUGCCCAGAUUUAAUUAAUAUGGCAACUCUUCUUAUUCUGAUUUUUAUGACUCACUCUCUCACCUGAAACUUAAUAAAAAAAGUAGCAUGCCUUUGAAAAUGGCUGUUGAGCCGAAAUUCCAACGGUUUUCGCAAUUAAAAAUUAUAUUUGGCCCAUCUGCGAUAAUAUGGCACACCUUAAAUUUUGUAUAAAAUAUAACAUAAAUAUACUUUUUCCCUGGAAAAUGUUGCCAAUAUUUAAUUGAAAUGGCAACGCUUCUAGUUUCGAUUUUUUAGGACAGCUCUCACCUAAAAAAAAAGUUUGUAUGUAAACGUGCUUUUAGUGAAUAUCAAUUUAUUUACCGAUCAAUUUCGACCUUAUAUUCCUGAAAUUUAACAAUUUCUGAUUCUGUCUAUUUGAAAUUUGUAUUUUAUUUUAAUUUGGUUUUUAAUUUUAGAAAAUUAUAUAAUUUAAAUCCAUUUCUCUUCCCCAUAAUUUCCACUUUUCGAAUCUUUAACCAUGUGACAAACCAAAUAACCACACAACAAGCACAACAAUUCAAUUUUUAAUUAUAUUUAUUUAUUUGUAAUUAAAAAUAAGAUUAUUUGAUUUUUGUAUUAUUUUUUUCACAUCAAUUAUGUUAUAAACAAGAAAAGGAAGAAGAAUCUCAUCCCUAUAUGUAUAUGUAUGUACGUAUGUAGUAAAGUGGAAGUGACAACGUAACGUUAAAAAACACUCACACACACACAUUUAUACGAGAGAGAAAAAAGUCAUUAUAUUUUAUUAUAUAUUUGCCAUUUAUUUUUUCUGCAAAGAGUUUUCUUAAGAAAACCUAACUCCCCUAGUUUUUACGAAAAAACAUGUUUUAAUUUAAGAAAAAAUAUAAUUUUUAUUUUUUUUAAUUUUUAAUCUAUUUCAUUAUGGAUCCUAUUAAUAUUAUUUCGAAAAAAGAAGAAUUUCAAUAAUUAUAAUUUUUUUGUAAUAUUUAAGAUUGUGAUGUUUAUAAUUUAGUCAUUAUAAUUAUGUUUGUACCACUAUUAAUUUUGUAUGUAACUCUAAGUGACACAAACACAAACAAACAGACAGACAUAGGAGCAGGUUCUACAAAGAAAAACAUAAAGAGAAGGUAAAAGUAUGUUUAAAUAGAAUAAUCUCCACCCGGAUUAACCCUGAUAAUUGACCAAUUACAAUAAAUUUAAUUUCUAUUAGAUUUAUUGUGAUUGGUCAAUUAUGGAGAUUUUGUAUGUAAACGUACUUUAAUAUCCUUUCACUUAUUUUUAAAAACUGGUCAAUUGUGUAAUAUUUAAAUAUUUUUCAAAACAGUGCUUCCCCCCAACACAGAGACACCCUGCUGCACACAUAGUUUACUCCGGAACAACAUCACUUUCAUUUGUAUUAUACAUUGGUAUUACCCUUUAUUUCUUUUUACUAUAAUUGCUAUAUAUUUUUACUUUUUAGUUUUUCUAAAAGAAAAAGCUUUAAUAAUUUUCGCCCCUUUGAUUUGUAAUAUAUUUAGAUAUCAUAUUCUAUAAUUUUCUUUUUGAAAAAUUGUAAUUUAUUUUGUUUAAUUUCAUUUAAAGUGAAAUUUUUCUUCACUUU